CCUCCGAAGCGCAUUUUCCGUCCAUGUUCUGAAAUGGUUCCGACCAUAAAAACAAGUCGACUGCACAACGCGUUGGAUUUUUGCAAACCUUUCAUCGUAGUAAUUGUUAAGAUUAGAAGCAAACAUACUCUCCGGUAAACGUGUUUGUUUGCUAGCGUCAAGCUUUUGCUUCAACGUGUAAGUUAUGUAAACAAUGCAAUGGAGACGAGCGAAGAAGUGCUUCAGGGUUCCCCGAUGAUUCACGGAAAAGAGCAAGCGCGAGCACGAAUUGACAGGAAUGGGCCCUCAACGAGCAGAAACCAGACCACAGGAACUCCUCUCUCACCUAUGGACCCACUGAACACACUGUCCAACUUUGAGUCCGAGAUGGAGCCAGACGGACAGGGAAACUACUCUCUCUUCCCUGCCUUGGACAACAUGGCCAGUCUUGGAGGAGCUGCUGAGGCUCUAGAGACUGAACCACCUAACGAUGUUGCAGACAAGCCCAAUCUCACAUGGCUUGAUGCUGCGCAGAUUGUACUGGAGGCAGCUGGACACCCAAUGCACAUCAAGGAGAUCAAACAGCAAAUCAUUGACAGGGGAUUGGUUCAGUCCAAUGCGAAGUCGAGCCUUGAGGCUGUCAUGUACCGUGAGACACAGAAAGGCAGCAGGAGAUUCAAGAGGAUUGAGAACAAAAAUGGAGUCUUUGCACUGUUGACAGAUGAUGAGGGGCAGCAGGCUCUACAGUCCUUCACCACCCAGUCUUUCAUGGCGUCUCCCCCCCAGUCAACCUUCUCCAGCUCGGGUUCUGCAGCCUCUCUGCCUCCCUUCCCCUCCCCCACGGGUCUCUCUGAGACCAGGCCCAAGAACAAGAAAGGCCCACGCAAGAACCUGAACGAUAAGUACCGACUAAAGUACCUCCGACUACGCAAAGCAGCACGGGCCAUGAUAUUUGAGAAUGCGGCUCUCUGUGAUGAAGUUGCCCACUUGGAGGAGAAGUUUGUGCGAGUAAAAGAGGAGCGCAGGUUCUUACUGAAAUCGCUGUUGCAGUACCAGUCUGUGUCUGAGGGGGAGAUGCUCACCGCUGCCAGUACCAGCUCUCACCCCCCUGUGACCUUCAGCUCCGGCCCAACGGGGGCGUCAGCCCUGCCCGGGGGUCAUAACCUGGCCCCUGGGACCUCUGGGGCAGAGGAGGGCCUUCCUAAGAAACCCAAGAAGGAACGAAAGGAACGAGGCAGGGACAAUGGAAAGGAAGACGGUCCAAAAAGAAUGUCGAAAAAGCGGAAGGUUGCUGACGGGGGGUCUCGUAAGCUGGUUCAGCCCAUCACUCUGGACUCCUCAGGACGUCCUGUCUUCCCCAUAGUACUUGGAGGUCUGACUGUGUACAGUCUAGGGGAGAUCAUCACAGACAGGAUGCUGUUCCAUGACCAGUGUGCCAUCUACCCAGUGGGCUUCUGCAGCACACGCUUCUUCGCCAGCAUGAAGAGCCCAGAUCAGCAGUGCCUCUACACCUGCCAGAUUAAGGACGGGGGUGGUGGCCCACAGUUUGAGAUAGUGCCUGAGGAAGACCCUCAGAAUGCCAUAGCUGCCUCCUCUGCCCUCACCUGCCAUUCCAACCUGCUGAAGGCCAUUGGUGCACUAAGGUCUAAACCGGUGGCCCCCAUCGUGCCUUCAGGAGCAGACUUCUUUGGCUUCUCCCACCCCACCAUCCAGAACCUGAUCCAGAGCUGCCCAGGAGCACGCAAGUGCAGCAAUUAUCAGUGGAUCCGUUUCGAGGUGUGUCGUCCAGGCGAUGGCCAGGUUCCACACAGCCUGUCUGAGGACGAUGCCUCGGUCAACUUUGAGGCCUACCAGAGACACCAGGGCUUUGAUGACAGCAUCAGGGUGGAGCACAAUCUAGUAGGUCUGACUCCACAGUCCCCUGGUUCCUCUCACCAGCAUCUUCUGAGCUCACCCACCCUGCAGCCAUAUUCCUCUACAUCUUAUUUCAGCCCCUGAUCCAUUUCUCUGCAACCUCCAGACCAGUAAAGUAGUGGUAGAAAAAUAAGUGGGUAAACGCUGAUCACCGUUCGCUGUGAAUAAAGUAACGCUCCCUAUAUUUCAUGCGUUUAUCCAUGAUAGGUGGGUAAAUGCUUGUGCAAAAUAAAUUAAAUGGCAUUUACCCUCCACUACACCACUGGUCUAGAAAACCUCCACACAGGCGUCUCCAGGGAACUCAUGUUACAGGACCAGUUGCUUCGGCACUGACAUUCAGCCGGUUCUAAAAAAAGAACCAGGAAAAGAAGAGACUACAGAAUCAUGUUCUCUUCCAUUUAAAGGACCAAUUGUUGUUAUCAUGUGAAAAAAAACAGUUGAUCUAACCGUCCUCUGCAGGUCUCUUUGUGUAGGGCACCUUCAAGUUGGCCCCUGUACCACUGUGUAGUUAGUACUAUAGAUGAUUAGGUGGACAAUGUAGAUGGACUACGCUUGGCAUUUCAAUAAAAAAAAACUAAUUUC